AUGGUGGCACUCAAUCCACUCUUUGACGGAGCGGAGGCCGAUAGAGUAAUAGGACUGUCGCAGAGUAUGAAAAGAGCGUCCCGCUUUCGCAAUGAAGAGAUCAUAGCUUCCACCAAACUAACUGUAGAAUCUUUCGGUCAGACAACUAUCCCUUCACAUGUCUUUUUGACCAUUCCCGUAACGCAAGAACAGCUCCCUGUCUCCUGGGUAGACCAAAAUAAUCCAUCGUCUUUCGUUGAGACUACUGUGGAGCUUGCUGAUUGGAGACAAGAUCACCAGGGGAACAGCAACCUCUGUCGAGUCGAGAGAUUAAGCCACCUCUUCCCUGUACUUGUCCCAUUGGGUGAAGUGGGGGCAAGCGAUGCUCAAGAAAUUCAAGAGUUGUGGGAUAGACUUCAGGUAUUGGAACCCGCUCAGGCUCCCAGUUUUUAUCCAACAGCCGGUCAUUGGGUUCCAGACCAUGACAUCGGCCACAUCUGGACGAUGGGAAUGCCUGCUGCUGCUGCUGCCGAUAGGGACUUGACAUGGGCGCGAGGGCCUUUGCCUAGUGCAGACGAGCUUACUGUUGCCUUCGGAAGUCUCUCAACUCAUGAAGAACAUGACAGUUUAGAGCCUGCCAUCGCCGGCAAUAGUAGACCUCCUUCAACUCAAUACAUGCCUCCCGAUGAAGAAGAGCAGCCGUCUGCUGACGCGACAUUCGCGCAUGGCCCUACCGGUGCUGCUGAAUCUGCUGCAUCAGGGCUUAUUCGAGGUAGAGUACGAGCCUCUGUAGCAAGGAGAGAGGCAUUAGCUGAGCAAGAGGGCACUUUUGGCUCAUACGCGCCGGAUGAAGUGCAGUCUUGGACGUUUGCCAGUCCGGGGACAACUGAGAGAGAUGAUCGCUCGAGCAGGCGUCGCAAGUUGAGGUUGUGGCUGAGAAAGAAAGUCACUGGCAGCGAUGAGUUUUCAGAAUGGGCCAAGAAGACGCGGUCAAGUUUUCAGACUACCUGGGAUACCGCCAAAACCAAGACCAAGGCAGGCUUGGACUACACCACAUCUGCUGGAACCAAAUCAAAAACAGCAAUGAGCAACGCCUGGAACUCUACAAAGUCAACGGCCAACUCGGCCUGGUCUAAAGUCUCUUCUGUGACGAGUGCAGCGUGGAAAAAGGUCAUGAGUGCUUACCACUGGGUUGUAGACGGGAGGGAGAAAACGACACCGGCAGCAAAGACGACCGACACCAACGCUGCAUCCGCAGACAACAAAGAAUCAAAGGCUUCGGAGGAAUCAAAGGCCGAUGUCAAGUCCGCCGAGGCUUCCACCGAAAGCGAUGGGGGUCCGAAAAAGCCCGACAAUGAAAGCAAGAAGGAUGGCGAUGACAGCUGA